AUGCUUGCAAGUGAGAACUGGCCUCUAUUUCAACCUGAUGAGACUUUGGCCGAAGAUGACGACCUUCGAAAACACUUCAAAGAAUACAUCCAGAAUAACCGAUCACAGACUAAAGAUGGCAAAAAGAAGAAAAAGAGAAAGAGGAAGAACAAGGAUGGAAAUGACGACGUCUUGUCUCCUGGAAUCCUACAGAACACUUUUAUCGUUGUUCCUGAUGAAAUGAUUUCUGGUAGUCGCAACCGCGAGGAACGCGACUUGAUUGAUCCUUGCUGGGUUUGGGCAUAUGACGCGGAUUGGGACAGUUCAGAAGAGGAAACGGUCGUCGACGGAGAGAAGUACCAAGGCCGUGUCAAGGUGGCCAAGUGGUCACUCGAAGCAUGGUUAUAUGCCGCUCGCUGGGAGGGAGUCAAUUUCAAAGACAUGUGGCUCAAGGCCCAACAGCACCCGGAAAAGUUCUGGAUCUGUUACACAAAGAGACUGGAAGAGUGGGAUCAUGAGCCGUAUAUCUGA